AUGUUAAGACUGUCGGGAGGAGAUCAUAGCCACUACCAUGGAGAGGAAGGUGGGGGAGGGGUUGUAGUGAGCUGCCGCUCCUACUGCUCCUUUUGGCAACCCACACCCGCUCAGCAUCAUUCUAAACCCCCACAAAUUGUCCCCGCGACCAAUAUUACAAGUGUGGACCAGGGCGUGAGGAUCCUGACGGAGACGCUGACGGCGACGCUGCAGAAGAUAAAUUUCACCAACAGGCGCCGUUCCCGUCUCCGAGUUGUUGGAGAAGCCACGACGGAGGAGCAGCAGAAGUCGACCAACGCCUUCCAAGAAAGCUCCUGUGAUAUAUUUGAGUUGGCGGCGGUCAAGGGAGAGGACAAGAAGCGCUCCUUGGCGGCGGUCAAGGGAGAGGACAAGAAGCGCUCCUUGGCGGCGGUCAAGGAGAGGACAAGAAGCGCUCCUUGGCGGCGGUCAAGGGAGAGGACAAGAAGCGCUCCUUGGCGGCGGUCAAGGGAGAGGACAAGAAGCGCUCCUUGGCGGCGGUCAAGGGAGAGGACAAGAAGCGCUCCUUGGCGGCGGUCAAGGGAGAGGACAAGAAGCGCUCCUUGGCGGCGGUCAGGGAGAGGACAAGAAGCGCUCCUUGGCGGCGGUCAAGGGAGAGGACAAGAAGCGCUCCUUGGCGGCGGUCAAGGAGAGGACAAGAAGCGCUCCUUGGCGGCGGUCAAGGGAGAGGACAAGAAGCGCUCCUUGGCGGCGGUCAAGGGAGAGGACAAGAAGCGCUCCUUGGCGGCGGUCAAGGGAGAGGACAAGAAGCGCUCCUUGGCGGCGGUCAAGGGAGAGGACACGAAGCGCUCCUUGGCGGCGGUCAAGGGAGAGGACAAGAAGCGCUCCUUGGCGGCGGUCAAGGGAGAGGACAAGAAGCGCUCCUUGGCGGCGGUCAAGGGAGAGGACAAGAAGCGCUCCUUGGCGGCGGUCAAGGGAGAGGACAAGAAGCGCUCCUUGGCGGCGGUCAAGGGAGAGGACAAGAAGCGCUCCUUGGCGGCGGGAGAGGACAAGAAGCGCUCCUUGGCGGCGGUCAAGGGAGAGGACAAGAAGCGCUCCUUGGCGGCGGUCAAGGGAGAGGACAAGAAGCGCUCCUUGGCGGCGGUCAAGGGAGAGGACAAGAAGCGCUCCUUGGCGGCGGUCAAGGGAGAGGACAAGAAGCGCUCCUUGGCGGCGGUCAAGGGAGAGGACAAGAAGCGCUCCUUGGCGGCGGUCAAGGGAGAGGACAAGAAGCGCUCCUUGGCGGCGGUCAAGACGGGCCAAGGCAGAGGCUUGAAGCAUCCAGGUCCAUUGGGUUAA